GAGCCAUGAGAAUGCCUUCCCGAUUCCAAUUGCCUUAGCGAUGCUCAUCCUCUGGAUUGGUCUUUCAGCAGCCCUGUUCUGCUUGUAUGAGCAGGAAUGGGGAUAUCUCACCUCUGUCUACUUUUUCUUCGUUUCAAUAAGUAUGUCAUGCAACAAAAUCACUUCAGCAAAUUGCAGUACGGUUGGGCUGGGCGAUAUUGUACCGGGUAACAAAGAUAUGAUGCUCGGAUAUUUCCUUUUGAUACUUAUCGGACUUGCUUUACUCUCAAUGUGCAUUAAUCUCAUUCAAGUAGUUUUAGAGCGAAUUCUUGGGCAGUUAUUGCAAGAGUACAUCGAUGAAAUUGAACGGGUAGCCGCAAUAGCUAAAAAUGAAGUGGAUUUCAGAACCGAAGGAGCUCCAUUUGAAAUGGGGAUGGCUAGCGGCUUGCUGACAGUCCCGCUUACGAAGCAUCAUCGAGCGAUGCGUAGUUUUCCACAUCGACUUAAGGAUUGGCUUGCAGAACGUAUCGCUAGUAAUAUGAUUAACUCGCAGCUUGUGGAGGCCACCGAUUCGGAUGUUGAUUCGGAUACCGAAACAUCCGCUUACUCCGAUCAACAGCGAUCAGGGACAAGAAUUAGCCGUGAAGAUUUACAAUCGUUAAAGCCGAUUUAUCGGUAUGAUCUGGCAGAUCGGCUUCGCCAGCAUAUUCCGGCCAUUCGUGCUCGAUAUGUGGAUCAGGUAUGUGAUUCGACGCCUCGCGUUAGUCACGUAGCCACGCAAACCGAUUUCUUACCUCAGAGGAUGCUUGCUUCGGUUGAGGAAGAACUGCAAUCAUCCAAUGGUUCACGUGAGUCGUCCUCGUUUCGCUCCCAGUUCGGCCGCCGAUCCAACUAUUCUGCGACAAAUAGUUUUGAUGCCGAGAGCGUGUUAUCGAAUGCUUAUUGCGACAUCCACUUCACGGACAUAUGUUCGCAGCCCGUCAUAAGCGACGAUAACAGUAGUGUUGAUGCCUUAGACGUCGUAAGGCCGCGACCGAAUGCCUCGUCCUCCGAGCAUGCAGCAGCACCGUCGCUCAGUUCCAGCACAUGCCAGAGGCCAGAUCGGUAAAU